GUGGAGCCCAGUAUAUGGUGUCCUCUAGUUUAGGCCUAUGAUAAUUGGGCUUUUGUGCCUAAACAAAGACCUUUCUUAGCAGUAACUGAGCAGUUAGCAGCAGCACCGUUGUUUCUUUGUACCUCCUCCGCACACAACCAUCAAUAAACAUAGAAGAAGAAGGACCUAACCACCUCAAGAGAAAGAUAGGUCAAUGGAUCAAUCUUUCCUUGUAAUGCUCUCCAAUCUACUCCACCUCCACAACUCCCUGGACCCCACCACCUCCCUCCUCUCCGACGCCCUCUCCUCCUCCUCCUCCUCCUCCUCCUCCGCCUCCACCCCCUCCUCCCUCCUCCACUCCUCCUCCAUCGCCCCUCUCCUCUUCUUCACCAUCGCCUCUGUCCUCUCCUACGUGACCUCCACGCGCCCCUCUCUCACCACCACCACCACCACCACCACCACCAACAACAACAACACCACCACCACCAAUUCCAACAACAAUAAUCCUUCCUCGGACUACUCCGUCUCCGCCUUCCGCGCCCUCUCAACAGAACACAUCUGGUCCCUCGAAGCCCCUCUCCGCGACGCCCACUGGCGCUCCCUCUACGGCCUCUCCUACCCUGUCUUCACCACCGUCGUCGACAAGCUGAAACCCCACAUCGCCCUCUCCAACCUUUCCCUCCCUUCCGACUACGCCGUCGCUAUGGUCCUCUCCCGCCUCGCCCACGGCCUCUCCGCCAAAACCCUCGCCUCCCGCUACUCCCUCGACCCUUACCUCGUCUCCAAGAUCACCAACAUGGUCACUCGCCUCCUCGCCACCAAGCUCUACCCUGAAUUCAUCAAGAUCCCCGUCGGCCGCCGCCGCCUCCUCGAAACCACACAGGCCUUCGAGGAACUCACUUCGCUUCCCAACAUGUGCGGCGCCAUCGACACCACUCCCGUCCAUCUCCGCAAUAACCCUAACCCUAAUACUAACCCUAACUUCUACCGCUGCCGCUACGGCUACCCUUCGUUGCUACUUCAAGUCGUGUCCGAUCAUAAGAAGAUCUUCUGGGAUGUUUGUGUCAAGGCCCCCGGCGGCACUGAUGACUCCACGCACUUCCGCGAUAGUCUCCUCUACCACCGCCUCACCUCCGGCGACGUCGUGUGGGACAAGGUCAUCAGCGUCCGCGGCCACCACGUCCGCCCUUAUGUCGUCGGGGAUUGGUGCUUCCCUCUGUUGCCGUUUUUGCUUACACCGUUUUCUCCGAGUGGAAUGGGGACUCCUGCCCAGAACCUGUUCGAUGGAAUGCUCAUGAAGGGAAGGUCUGUUGUUGUGGAAGCCAUUGCACUUCUCAAGGGAAGGUGGAAGAUUCUUCAGGAUUUGAACACCGGCGUUCGCCACGCGCCUCAAACCAUCGUGGCUUGUUGUGUGUUGCAUAAUCUGUGCCAGAUUGCGAGGGAACCUGAACCGGAGCUGUGGAAGGAGCCUGAUGAGAGUGGACCUCCUCCUAGAGUCAUGGAUAGUGAGAAAUCGUUUUAUUACUUUGGGGAAAACUUGAGGCAGGCCCUAGCUGAUGAUUUGCACCAGAAACUAUCCUCAAGAUAGUUGGAAUUGGAUAGUUACUUGCUUUUUACUAUAACUGCCUCGCAAGUAAGGGGAAGGAGGGUUCGAUCAAACACACAUAGUGUGUUUUUAUGAGUAUGUUUUAGUUUUGAAUAAUUUAUGAGCUUGUUGGUGUUAGUAACCUGGUGUAGUAGUAGAAUACAUGAUAAAGAUUGGUGGUGGUGGUGUGGCGUCUAACUGUAAUGGCAUAGCUCCAGUCUUGUGGAUGUGAAUGUGAAUGUGGAGUAGUGGACUACUAACAUUGUUCUGUAUUCGUAUAUGAAAUGAUAUGUUUCAGACUAGUUUUAACUCUAAUGCCA